AUGACGUUGUCAGUAGGCGCGGGGGCCACAAGAGCGGCUGAGAACGGAAGCGCGCUGCACGAACUGCCGUUAGAUGUUCUGGCUAUCAUCCUCAGCAAGCUUGCUGUGCAGGAUCCGCCUUCCUUCAUAGACGCCACGUACGCUUGCAGAACCUUCCAGAACAUUGCUUCUGAUGAACAGCUAAGCCUAUGGAAGAAGAUGUUCCAUGAGCGCGAGCAGUUUCCUGCUGAAUGUUCAGAAGCCAAAGCCUUCGAAGAUGCGAUUAAAGGCUUCUCUGGGUACAGGAACCUGGUGAUAGUUCGCUGGGAGAAGCAGAAGAAGAAAGAACUGAGCUCUGUAAAGUCCAAGUCCGCCGAAGGCAACGCGUGUCCGCAGAUAAGGCUGCUUUUCCUUGUGAAAUCGCUGCAGAAAAGGAUCAUACUCUGGGGCGUCGCAAAUCAGGAAGCAAUGGAACCAGGUCCUGUGCGGCAGCGCACCUUGGGGAGUAAUCAAGAGACAGCAUUCGACUUCAACAGUUUGGAGUCUCGUCUCAAACUAGCUUCUCGCAACGCUGGCAUGGAACUGGGGCUCGCGAACAUCUCGACUAAAGCUGAGAAGAGCAGCUUUGGUAGAGUUAGAAAAGCCAGAAGGAACGGGUCAUGA